GGAAUCGAAUGCAGCGUUACAUCUCGCGAUAACUCACGUCCCGCGGGAACUCUCACCCCCUCUUUCGCAAGCGGCCUCCAAGAUGGCGGAUCAAGGCGACCAGAAGAAGAAGCGCACCUUCCGCAAGUACACGUACCGCGGCGUGGACUUGGACCAGCUGCUGGACAUGUCCAAUGAGCAGCUGAUGCAGAUGUUCAGUGCACGCCAGCGGCGACGGUACAACCGCGGGCUGCGCCGGAAGCAGCUGUCUCUGCUGAAGCGCCUGCGCAAGGCGAAGAAGGACGCGCCACCGCUGGAGAAGCCGGAGGUGGUGAAGACGCAUCUGCGUGACAUGGUCAUCAUCCCCGAGAUGGUGGGCAGCAUGGUGGGCGUGUACAACGGCAAGACCUUCAACCAGGUCGAAGUCAAGCCCGAGAUGAUUGGCCACUACCUGGGCGAGUUCUCCAUCACCUACAAGCCCGUGAAGCACGGUCGGCCCGGUAUCGGUGCCACCCACUCUUCCCGUUUUAUCCCGCUGAAGUAAAAUCUCUGUGCACAUGCCUUGAUUUUGUUCAGAAUCAAUACAAAAUAAAAAAAAAUCCCAGUA